AUAUUUUAAUAUCUAUUAUCUACGGUGGAUUGUGAUUGUGUACUGUACGAAGUACAACUACACCUAAAAGUUACAACUUACUGUUGCCAUGAUUCACAUGAUACUGUUCUAAAAUAAGUAAUGCAUAAUACAACUUUAUGAGAGAACAUUCUAUUGUUUUAUGAUAUUGUGUAUUUGUGUACUUACCUAUAACGUUGUAAAAAAAACCUGUGAAGGUACAUAUUGUCGUUUUUAUUUGGAUGUGUUACCGUACCUAUUGUAAUCCAUAUUUUACAAAUAUAUCUAAAUUGUUUCAUGAAUUUAAUUUUUUUCUAAAAAAUUUAUUAAAUAAGACAACACUUCAAAUAGUUUUAUGAAAAUGUUUCUUUAAUAAUAUAUCUACCAUUGGACUAAGUUGAAUUAUGUCAACUUUUUCAUUGUUCAAUUGCACAUUAAUUCAUUGCUAAAUGGAAUCAGUAAACGUCGAAACUAAAGAAGACAUUUUGCAAAGACAUAGAAAUGAGAAAAAAGACAUGCAAUGUAAGAUUCAAUCAAUGAAGAAGUCUGUAGCAAAAGGUGAUCGGAAGAAGAAAAAAGAAGUUGCUGAGCAAACAGCAGAAAUUGAAGCCAAAUUAAAGCAUAAACAUUUGGAAGAACUAAAUACAUUUACAGAGGAAGAAGAAACACCAUCUCUGAUAAAAAAUUUACAAGAAGUUAAAAUUAAUGAUACUGCUGCUAAAGUUAGUAGAGCUGAAAAACGGCGAUCGAAAAAAAUCACUCAAUUGAAAGAGAGGCAAGCAUUAAUUGAAGAACAUGAUAUUAAAAACAUUGGUGGUAUACGACAUGUAGAAACUCAAACAUUAGUUAAGAAACUCAAAAAUCUAGGUUUUGUUAUUUUUGAUAUUCCUUCAGACGGCAAUUGCUUAUAUAGUGCUAUUGUACAUCAGCUUAAAGAAAUAUGUGGACAAACUUUUACUGUACCUGAAAUUCGACUUAAGACGUCUGACUUUAUCAAAUGCAACAAAGAUGACUUUAUACCUUAUUUGAGCCAUCCAGAUACUGGAGAAAUGUUAACUGAUGAACAAUUUAUUGAAUAUUGCUUUCAAGUAGCAAAUUCAGUUCAAUGGGGUGGUGAAAUUGAACUAAGAGCUUUAUCCCACAUAUUCAAAAUACCAAUCAAAGUAAUUCAAGCUGAAGGAUCUGAUAUCACUAUUGGAAUAGAGUAUACUAAUUGUAACAAAGCAUUAGUUUUAGUGUUUCAUCGACAUAUGUAUGGUUUAGGUGAACAUUAUAAUUCGGUAUGCUCAAUUUAGUGUGUAUUCAUGAUGUAUACUGAAUCUAAAAUUCUAAUAUUGAUUAAAUACAUAAUUUAUUUGAAAAUAUAUUGCAUUUCUUAAUCUAAAAUUAUUCUUAUUCUAUAUUUUGAAAAAUAAUUUGUUUAUUAUUCUUCACCUGAUAAACACAUUGUAUAAAUAAAUGAUCCGUAUUUACUGCAUAGUAAGUGAAGUUUUUAUGUAUAAAAAAACAAAUCUUGUGUUAAUAUUUUAUCUAUUAAACAUACUCAUUGAUAGCAUUAUAGCUAUACAUUACAAAUUUUUUUCAUAUUGUUUUUAAGCCUGGACUGAGAGUAGGGCUGGCGGUAUUUUAAAUUUUUAUACCGGUAUAUAUCAUAUUUUCGGUAUACCUCUGAAUAUACCUCCAGACCUAACUAAGAGUAUGUAAAAGAUUAUUAAUUAAUAUUCAUAAAAAUGCAAGAUCAUUUUUGUGAUUUUCUUAAGCCAAUAAUAAUGAUUAGAUAAUGGCAAGUGAAAACAUUUUUUGAUUUUGUAACUAAAUACUAUUUUAAAAGUAUAAUCCUCGUUGUCUUUGUCAGUAUUUAUGCUAUAUAUAUAAACUUUUUAACUAUUAAUCACAUAGUUAUUAUAUAAGCAAUCAGUGGAUUCUGUGAAUUGCAAAAAAAAAUCCCUGUGAAACAACAAUAUCCUCACAUAACAUUUUUCAAUGAAAUUGAUUCAAUAAAUGAUUUUAAAAUAUUGAAUAAAUAUAACAUUAUUGUUUUUAAUUUACAUACUUAUGAUUAAUUAAUGUAUCAAAUUAAAUAUUGUAUAACUUCAUUAAUUAUUAAAUUGAAAACAGGCUAGAUCAAGUUUUAAAGAACCAAUGAAAAUUAAAAAACCUAGCUAUAUCUUAUGUUGAAAAUAAACAUUGAAUAAAUUAUAAAUUAUAAAUAAUUUGAUUUACUUUUAUGAAUAUUAUAUUAUUACUUUCAAACAUUAACAAUAUAUAAAUAAAUAACACUAAUAAUAUUUUGUUAUGUAAUACAAUACCAAAAUUCUAUAAAAAAUAAAUAAAAAGAGUUUUGUUACUUAUAAAUAAGUCUGUUGUUAAAAGAAAAAAACAUUUUUUAAAUCAUUGAAUUAAGUAGGUAUAUAUAUUGAAAUUAUUUGUUAAUAUUUAUCAAAGAAUUAAUUGUAUUCCGAGGAUUUUUUUUUCUAGUGUGAAAUUCCUACUCACAAUUUAUUUUUCAGAUAACCGGGUUCUGUACAUGGUGCAAAUCCCUAAAUUGUGAAUAAUGAUAUAUAUAAUAUUGAUAAAAUUACUUACUAUCUUAAAAAUCUAACCCUAGAUCUGAAAAUUAUUAUAAAUUUGAAUUCUUAUUUAUGUACCUAAAUUGUAAUUAUUACUUAUAAAAUUUAAUAUUAAAUAACUAUAGAUUUUUGAUGAUAAUUUGCUAUUGGUUUACAUUUUAUACAAAUUUGGUAUAUUUUAUUUUUCUAUAAGUAAAUAUAAUUAUAUUUUUAGUUACAAUUUUAUUAAUUGGUUUUGCAUAGUCACAUUUAUAUGUAUAUAAUAUGUAUUUUAAUGAUCAUGCAAAUAAAGAGGUUUUAUUGUUUUAAAAAUAUUUAUAAUAAGAAAUUAUUUUAAUUAUUUUUAAUAUUAAUUAAAAUACAUUUUUAAUUAAGUAUAAAUUAUUUACAUAAUUUGUAUUUCUUUUAUGCAUCAGGUUUAUGUUUCAUAAUUUGUAUAAUCUAUAUUUAGUGGUAAUACACAUUAUAGUUAGGAAACAAGAAAAUGAUUU